AAGAAGAAAUAAUUUGCGUCAUUUCCGCUCACCCUCAAACAUGGCGUCCUCCGCAAAAUUAGACGGCGUGAGGGAAGCACAAACAAGGAAAUUUUCCAAAAAGACUAAAAACCAAGCAGUGGAUGAAUCUGAACUCCUGACUGUUCCUGAUGGAUGGAAGGAGCCAUCUUUCACUAAAGAAGAUAAUCCCCGUGGCCUGCUGGAAGAGAGCAGCUUUGCCACCCUUUUCCCCAAGUACAGAGAAGCGUACCUGAAGGAGUGCUGGCCAUUGGUGGAAAAGGCUUUAGGAGAAACACAUAUCAAAGGCUCUCUGGAUCUGAUAGAAGGGAGCAUGUCAGUCUGCACCACUAAAAAAACAUUUGACCCAUAUGCUAUUGUGAGAGCAAGAGAUCUCAUUAAACUGUUGGCAAGGAGCGUCCCAUUUGAGCAGGCUGUACGGAUACUACUGGAUGACAUGGCCUGUGACAUCAUCAAAAUUGGGACCCUGGUGAGGAACAGAGAGCGAUUUGUGAAAAGAAGACAGCGGUUGAUUGGCCCCAAGGGCUCCACCUUAAAGGCAUUAGAGUUGCUGACCAACUGCUAUGUGAUGGUGCAGGGCAACACAGUAUCGGCAAUUGGGCCCUAUAAUGGCCUAAAAGAGGUACGUAAAGUGGUGUUGGACACCAUGAAGAACAUCCAUCCCAUCUACAACAUCAAGACAUUGAUGAUCAAACAGGAGCUUUCCAAAGACCCCGAACUGCGAGUGCAAAGCUGGGAGCGCUUCCUGCCCAAGUUCCGCCACAAGAACCUGUCCAAGCGCAAGGAGCCCAAGAAGAAGAGUGUGAAGAAGGAGUACACACCGUUCCCUCCUUCACAGCCAGACAGCAAGGUUGACAAGGAACUAGCCACAGGAGAAUUCUUCCUACGCGAAAGCGUGAAAAAGAGGAAGAAAAUGGAGGAAAUCAAGGCCAAGCAAGCAGAAGCAUUAAGCAAGAAGCAGCAGGAGCGGAACAAAGCUUUCAUUCCUCCUAAAGAGAAGCCUUUAACCAAGAAGAAUGCUAAAGCUCCCUCUGAAGGAAAGUUGGACAUCCAAGCUAUCAAGGACAAAGUGAAAAAGGCCAAAACAAAGAAACUGGGGGCCCCACCAGUGAUGCCAGUUCAGCCCACCAGCAGCACCACCAACAAAAAGAAAAAGAACAAAACAAAAAACAAAGGCUAACCACACUAAAACCUCUGCUGCUGUGUGGUUAUUUUCUGGACAGAGCAAACAGAGUGUCACCAGAAACUCAAUGUUGGUCUGGGUUGAGUUGGAUACAAACUCUAAUUUUAAAUCGACUCUGGCUUUGGAGAAUUUUCUGUCUGUUAUGUUCUUUUAGUAUAUCAAGAGUGUAAAAGAAAAUGUACAGAGAUGUUUUUUUCUUCUAUUUUCCCCAUUUGCUCUCUUUUAUUGUUAAGAUGUCGUAUGGACAUUAUUUAUCAGAUUGUUGUUUGAUAAGAUUUUGUCCACAAGGAGCCUUCCGAAUGCAGGUAGAAAUGUCAAAAUAAAGUUUUUUAAUAGCAACGGGUCUCACUUGCAUAGGUUCUGCCAUAAACAUUAACAUUCCUUGGUGAUCAGACAUGUUAAAUAAAAUCACCAACCCUCCACCUCCGUGCUUGACAAUGGGUAUGAGGUGUUUGGGUUUCGUUUAAAG